AUGUUCGUGGUGGGAAAGCUGCGAGGGGUGGAUCGGCUGCAACAGAAUCUGGUUCGACAUUGCGGGGGCGCCUCGGAGUCUGUCCUAUCCUUCUGCACCGUACAUCCAACCCUCUGGUCAUUUCGCACCCUGCACAAGGGCAACCCCAAAUACGAAGCAGCGCGAACCAACUCCGUCUGGAACGGAUGCGUGCCCAACCGCCACCCUUCUUUAAUCGUGUAUUCUAAGAACGACGCCGACGUGCAAAGCAUAGUGCACUAUGCGAGGGCCCACAAGCUCCGCAUCGCCAUCAAAUCCAGCGGCCACUCACUGACAGCCAAUUUCCUCCGCGACGGCGGCAUCCUGGUAGACCUUGAGAAGAUGAAUUCGAUGACAUACUAUGCGCACACCACCGUUUUCGGCUACCUGAUCGGUGGAAGCACCGUGCUCUCCAUCAAAGAAGCAGAGUUGAUUUUGAUUGGUGAUCCCGACCUCAAGCUCACCAUCGAAAUCAUCACCAAAUGGCGUGUCAAUGAAGGCGUGGCCGACUUUUUCUCCAAGGGCAAUGUCUUCAAUAUCGGCGACGCCGUCCACCGCCUACCCCCCGCGAACGGCCUUUGCUCAAAUACUUCAAUCCAUGACUCCUACAAUCUUGCUUGGAAACUUGCUUACGUCCUCAAGGGUCUUGCUGAUUCCAAAAUCCUAGACACCUACACCAUCGAGCGGCAGCCAGUCGGGCAACACAUUGUGCGGCGUGCAAAUGAUUCCUGGCGCAUCGACCUGAACCUCUUCGACGCGCUCGGGAUGUUCGAGCCCGACCUCAAGAAAAGGGAGGAGAGGUUCAAGCUCAUGGGCGAGGAUAGCCCAAACGGAAAGGAAUACCGCGCAAGGCUGAAUAAAGCAUUCCGACUCACACGGCUGCAGUUUUCCAGCCUAGGUAGCGAGAUGAACCAGUUCUACCAGAGCAGCAGUGUCUACAUCGAGGACGAGCCUCUGGAGGCCCAAACGCCCAAGUACACCCGCGACAAGGAGUCAUACUACACUGCCGCACGACCUGGCUGGAAAGGGACGGUUCACCAUCCUCACGGGGCUGGGCGGCAAGGAUGUCUGGUCUCAUGCGGCGUCCCAGGGCUCGAGACCGCCGUCUUCGGAAUUGUCUGGGGCCAGGACUAUCUGGACACGGGGAAAAUAUGGCACAAUGUACGGGGCAUGGAGUCAGACGGUGCGGUGCUCGUGCGACCUGAUCGGAUCGUUUGCUGGAGGAGUAAGACAAGGCUGGAACAUGAACACGCCGCCAUGAAUCUAGAAUGGGUGAUUCAACACAUUUUAAAAUGGUAG